AGGCAAGGAAUCCGCAGCAGCAGUGUCUUUGGAGCUCUGGCAUCGGGUGGCCUGGAACACACAAGUGAAAUUGGAUAAAACGGCAUUCGAUUAACAACGUUCAGCUGCCACACUCAAGCUAAAGAAGGAAUUAGAAAAGUCAAUCCCUGUUUGAUGACUAAUGAGAAGAGUAAAGCAUGUUACGGAAGCUGUGCUGUGUGAUUCUACUCAUCAUCCAGAGGGAUACAGAAAGUACACAGGUGAUUGGUGGAUGUAGGACUGUGGUACAGGGGGAGGAUGUGGACUUAUCCUGCAGACUGAUAGAGACAACCGAGGACCUCGAACAGAUAACAUGGCAGAAAAGUACUUUGGAAGAAACACAGAAACAUAAUUUUCUGCUGAUUUAUUCCAAUGGGGUUACUAACUUUAUUGCACCAAAUGGAUUGAAAGGUAGAGUCCAGUUUAUUGGAAACCCAUCAGAAAACCUUGGAUCUAUUAGAAUAACAGCUGUCAGACUGUUGGAUGAAGGCACCUUCACAUGUAUCUUCAGUGUUUUCCCCAGUGGAGCAUACAAUUAUUAUUAUUAUUAUUAUUACAAUACAGAUAUUCCUCUGACUGUGCUUGUUCCUCCAGUAGUGAGUGUGACAGUUGAUGUUCCUCCUGUCAUUGGGGAGAAUGAGGUUGUCUUGGCAACCUGUGUGGCUGCUGGUGCCAAGCCACAGGCAGAAGUGAAGUGGAUUUCAGGUACAUUCGGCAGUUUGUUGAGGACAAUGACAAACUCCACCCAGCACGCCAAUGGAACUACCACAGUACUCAGCCACCUGCUCGGGGUGCCAACCAGAGCAGCCAAUCAGCAGCAGGUCCAGUGUGUGGUCAACCAGUCUGCCCUGGCAACAGAAAGGAGCUACAACUACACCAUAAACAUCCAUUAUCCACCUCAGUCAGUGAACAUCACCCUUAGUGAGGCCUCUAAAGCCACAGUCUUACUAUGUCUAGCAGACGGCAACCCACAACCCAACUACACCUGGAGCAGAGUGGUCCAGCCAUGGCCUGUGUCUUCAGUGAGAGCAGAGGGAGACAUACUGCACCUCCUCAGUCUCAACUCUGAGCUGAAUGGUCUCUAUAUCUGUGAGGCCUCCAACCCCUACGGACGAGCAACUGGCUCCCUCUAUGUACACACAUCCUCUGAGACCUCUGCUGCCUGUUGGGUUCUACUCAUUGUCAUUCUUUGUCUGAUUGUUACUGCGGCUGCACUCGUAUGGUACAGGAGGAAAUACGGACAGUGUCCUUGGAAUUCAAUCAUGGCCAAUCACCAGUUCCAGGCACCCCCACAGGUUGAGGAAGAUGAACCUGGGACGUCUGGGUUCUAACACUCCAAACCAGAAAGGUGGAUAAGGACGAAGUAUCAUGAUAAAUCGCCGGACAGGCUGAGAGCGGAUGCCAGAAGAAUCUCAGACAUGCAAUGGGUGUGGGAAGAUUUCCAGUCUGCACAUUCUCCAUUGUUCUAACCAUUUGCAAAGAAGAGGCACAUUCUCCAACCAUCUAAUGAACAGAGACCCUAGCAGUAUUCACUGUGACAUUAGAAACCUCGGCUCGGCCCCUCCUCCACCACAGCUUCUCUCGUGGACUCCGCCUUGUCAUGGUGGAGGGGCUUUGUUCCUUCAGCGGUAACAACAACUGUAUGUAUGUAUGUAUGUAUGUAUGUAUGUAUGUAUGGUGUAUGUAGAAGCCAUCUAAAGGGAGGCCAGGUAUAAUCUAAAUAAUAUGUACACAUUGAGAAUCUUGACAGUAAUGACUAGCAAAACCCUGGCUGUUGGUGUUACUUGUAGCUGCUCCAAAAUGCAUUCCUUCAUAUUAUGCAGCCUAAUGCAGUCUUGGUACAGGCAGCAGUUAUAAGAGGAACCAGGAAAUCAAGGGUGUGGCUAGUGAUCCACUGGGAACAGAAGCUCCACUAACAGCUGCCUUAUGAUCCACGCAUAGGGCUGUUAUGGUGAUGAUAUUACCGCCACACCGGCGGUCACGAAUCAUGAAGGCAGUCAAAUUCCACUUGACUGUUUAGUCACGGUAAUUAGGCUUCUCCAAGCUCUGAUGCUGCUGAUGGUCAUUAGUAGCUUACCAAAGUUGCUAAUUGCCUGGUACGCAGCACUCUAUUGUCCCUCUAAUCACUCUGACAUCAAUGCAAAUGUAAUCUAAAAUGCAAUCAAACACUUAAUGAUAGCUCAUGAGCUCAUGUCGCACAACAUUUCAAUAGUCUAUUCAAUUGCGUGAGAAAACAGAGUGAUGACCUCCAUUAAAAAGAGGAGGAUCCCAUCAGAUUUCUAUAGGCUAGACCUACUAUAUUUAUGUAUCAACUUUCCUAAUAUUAAGUACAUUGCUUCUCUUUACAGCAGGAGUAUAUGUAAAGACAAGAUUAAAUCAGGAA